AUGUCCUUCUUCACUCGUGGACUCUACGGCCCGGACCCGAGCUUCACGCCCCUAUUCCGCCUCCUAGACGAGUUUGACAACUACAGUCGGGAGGCCCAGGGCAACAACGACGGGCGCUCUCGACACCGGGGACGCCAGCACACCUUCCAACCCAAGUUCGACGUGUGCGAGACAGACAACGCUUUCGAGCUGCACGGCGAGCUCCCCGGAAUCGAGCGUGACAAGGUCAAUAUCGAGUUCACCGACCCCCAGACCCUGGUGGUCCGCGGCUUCACCGAGCGGGCCUUCACGGCCGGCACGCCUCCGGCGGGCCUCGUCGAGGGCGGCAAGCAGCACGCCGGCGUCAUCUCCGAGAAGGGCGAAGAGAGCGCCGCCGCUCCGGCCCAGGAUUCCGGCAGCGGCGUCGAGGAGGUGACCCGUCACGAAAAGCCCAAGGCGGCCUCGGACAAGUUCUGGCUGCAGGAGCGUUCCGUCGGCGAGUUCGCCCGCACCUUCAGCUUCCCCAGCCGCAUCGACCAGGAUGCCGUCUCGGCUAGCCUGAACAACGGUGUUCUGAGCGUCGUCGUGCCCAAGGCGAAGAAGCACGAGGCGCGCCGCGUUACUAUCAACUAA